GAUGAUGCCACUAGCUGUGCGCUUAAGUUAUUUCUUACCCUGAUUCUUACUAUAGGCCGUAUACGCUUUCAUUUGUUAACAAUCGUUGUUAUCUCUCGAAGUGACCUUGCAUCGAGCUCUUGUUGCAAGCGGGUGACGUGGUCAACCUGGCGGCGUUGUACUGUUAAGCGCGCGUCUUGCGAGUAG